UCGGCGGCGGCCGCGGGCUGCGCCCGGGCCUGAGCGCCCAGCGCCCUCCCGCGGGGCCGCCCGCCAGCCCGUGCGGUCCGCGGGUGCACAGAUCGCGCGCCUCUCCGCUCCCCGACACCUGGGGCUUCCACCUAUCCAGCCUCCCUGGGCCGAACUGCUGGGGAGCCCGGCGACAGGGGGCGCCAAGGAGCCAGGGGGAAAACCGUGAGGCGCUGGCGGGAGCCUGCAGGCGGUGCUACCCCCACCUCCCACCUCCCCGCGCCCCGCCCCGAGGUUGGGGCUUUGGAGGAUGCAGCCGGGAAAAACAUUGAUGUUGGGGCUACGUCCAGAAUAGCAGCAUCUACAUGGGCACUCCCUCUUCCUACAAUUUCAGAAAAUAUUUGAUAACUACUUGAGAAAAUGCAGAAGAUCUUGCAAACAGAUGACAUUACGAAUACCCAAGCUCUUAGAAAAGGAAAAAGGAAAAGGACAGAGACAAUGGACUCAGAGAAUGCAAAUAGUGACAUGGAUAAAGGACAGGUCUCACUGAUGUCCUGCCCUCUUUUCUCAAGUCCAAGAGACCCAUAUUCAGGAAAUGCCUUUCUGCCUGGUGAGAGCUCCAGUGAGGAAGAAGAGCCUUUAGCAGAAUUGUCAAAGGAGGAAUUGUGCACGAAAAUAAAAAGCCUGAAACAAAAACUAACAAACACCCGGAAAGAAAACAGCCGACUUCGACAGUCUUUGGUCAUGCUUCAAGUGUUACCACAGGCAGUCACCCAGUUUGAAGAAUUGGUUGGUAUGGCAGAGGCCCUACUUAAGGGUGGAGGAACUAUGUCUACAUCUGCGUCCACCCUCUGGAGAGCAACAAACAACUCCUCACCAGAUUCAUUUGCCUCAACAUGCAGUAAUUCUAAUUCUAAUUCCAGUUCACCAAUUUCCUUGAAGGCUGAAGAAGAGCAUCAUACUGAUGAGAAACAGUUCAAGAUUGAAAAAUGGCAGAUUGCCCGUUGUAACAAGAGCAAGCCUCAGAAGUUUAUUAAUGAUUUAAUGCAAGUACUUUACACGAACGAAUACAUGGCCACACACAGCCUGACGGGCGCAAAGUCCUCUACUUCGAGGGACAAAGCUGUAAAACCAGCUAUGAAUCAGAAUGAAGUUCAAGAAAUCAUAGGAGUCACAAAACAGCUAUUUCCCAACACAGAUGAUGUUUCAAUUAGGAGAAUGAUAGGGCAAAAGCUAAACAACUGUACCAAGAAGCCAAAUUUAAGCAAAAAUCUGAACUCUCAGGAUAUUAAGUAGAUCCUUUUGGUAUUGUAGGUAUCUGAAAUAAAACAUCUUCAGUUUUGAAUCUAACAUUGGAUUUUGUUGGAGAAUCUGCAACCUCCCUGGCAGUGAGCACAGAGAGACAUGGUGACAGGCUGGGAGAUGUCUGGAAUAUCGCUGGCUCUCGAUGGAGCAACAAGCUUGCUGAAGAAGCUGCAUGUAGAUUCCACCAUAAAUAUCAGUGAUGCAUCAAACCAGAGAAUUUCUAGUAGUCAAAUAAGCAUGCAAUAUGAUUUCUUGGAAAUAUGCAUUUUCCUGUCCCCAAACGCUUCUCUGCACAGCUAACUUAACACAAUAGAGCUCUUACCACAGCAACAAAAACUUCAACCCCUACGAUUUGUCAUUGUCCUAAAUAAUCAGUCACUGUACAUUUAUUAUAGCCAACGACUUCCCAGUUUAGUGUUUGGAUCUUUAGCAAAAGCGCAUGCUUGGAAAAGUAAAUAGUAAAUAAUCAAUGUACCUGAAUGUGAGGACAGCAAAGUUGGUCUAAAAUUUGAUGAUCAUAUCUAACCAAGUAAUGGUGUUUUCACAAUGAAGUUACAGGGUUAUUCUUCCCUGUUACCUAAAAAUGUAUAAAACAGGAAUCUGAAAAAAGUGAAAGCAACAAGACCUUUUUAUUUUAUUUUAUUAUUUUUUU